ACUUCCUCCGGUGGUCACCAUGGCGGCGGUUCCCGGUGUGUGCAAGCCGAAGACAAAGCGGGCAAAGAGGUUUCUUGAGAAACGAGAUCCCAAGAUCAUUGAAAAUACAAAGAAUGCCAUGCUCAUCAAAGGUGGCAAUACCAGUGAAACCGUGACUCAGGCUCUCAGGGACAUUUAUUCUUUAAAGAAACCAAAUGCAGUUCUUUAUAAAAAGAAAAAUAUUACUCGACCCUUUGAAGAUCAAACGUCGGUGGAAUUUUUUUCAAAGAAGUCUGAUUGUUCUUUAUUUAUGUUUGGUUCUCACAAUAAGAAGCGACCGCACAACUUGAUAAUAGGCCGUAUGUUUGAUUACCAUGUCCUGGAUAUGGUUGAGCUCGGAAUUGAAAAGUUUGAAAGUUUGAGAGAUUUUAAGAACAGCAAAUCUGCAGAAGGAUCCAAGCCUAUGUUGAUUUUUGCAGGAGAUGCCUUUGAAAUUGAUAAUGAUCUUAAAAGGGUAAAAAAUCUCUUUAUUGAUUUCUUUCGAGGACCCACAGUACCAAAAAUUCGUUUAGCAGGCCUGGAAAUUGUUCUACAUUUCACGGCUUUUGCUGGAAAGAUCUUCUUGCGAAGCUAUAAGGUAUUGCUGAAGAAAUCUGGCUGCAGAAUACCUAGGAUAGAACUGGAAGAAAUGGGGCCUUCCUUUAAUUUUAUACUAAGGAGAACACACUUUGCAUCUGAUGACCUCUACAAAAAGUCUCUUAAACAGCCAAAAGCUCUUAAGGCGAAGAAGAAGAAGAAUAUUUCCCAAGAUGUAUUUGGGACAACAUAUGGUCGAAUCCAUAUGGAGAAGCAGGACCUUAGUAAACUGCAGACGAGAAAAAUGAAAGGGCUGAAGAAGAGGAAAGCAGGGAAGAAUGUCAUAGCUGAUGAGUCAGAGAGCAGCCCAAAGAAGAUGAAAGUGUAGUUAGAUAGGAUACUCCACCUCUAUUUUCAAGUGAUUGAAAACAACUGAAUCUCUGGCACCAGCAAGCACAGAUCAGAUGUGGUGGUCAAAUAAAUGAACCUCCAGACUUUU